AUGCUGAACGAAACUGUAAAUAACGGUAAGUAAAACUUGGGAUAAAAGAGAAAUAUUUAAGAAGGGAAUUUCUAUUUUUUUGUGAUUCUUUGGCGAGAAAUCCCAAAUACAAAAUAUAAUCGGAUAGGGAAUGAUACCUUAGACUCAAAAGAUAUCAUAGCGCGUUUUAAUUUUUGAAACUUAUUUUGUUUUGAAUCGUGGUUAAUUUUACUUUCUAAAAAGGAUGACCGUGGAUGAUGAAUAACGCAGAGCUUUUUCGUCUCGCAUAGUCACUUUAUAGAUAUGUUACUAAAAACGCAUGGUAACUCAGUGAGCCAGAACAACAAAAUUUUAAUUUAGUAAAAUUAAAUGAUGAUGGUCCAAGUUAAUUUUUUUUCAAAAAACUUUGGUUAAGCACUCUUCGUUUCCGGCUUUCAAGUUAAAUCUGAAUGAAAGCUGUGAGAAAUUGUUUUGAUCGGAUAUUUAUCUUAGUCGGAUCCUUUGAGGAUAGCGAAGAAAACAGGUUACUACGUAAGGAAUGGAAAGGCUGUCAUGACAUAAACAUGGCUGUGAGAGUAAACAUUGGGAUGAAAUUAUAUUUCCUCCAUAUAAACUGCACAUGUAUAAUAAUUCCCGUUGAAAGAGUUGCUUUGCAUUUUACUCAUUUUAUUUAUCUUUUUAGCGGAUAUUGUUUUCAAGAUACCGAUUACCUUUUCUCAGUCAAGGAUGUGUUAAUUUCUAAAACAGGUUUUUGUAACUGAGUUUAUUCAAUUCAGUACAUUUAAUUCUUUCUAUAGACUCUUCAGGGAGUCAAAAUGCUUCCUUAGAGGCCUCUUGGUAUGGAUAUGACGUUGGUGAAGUUCUACAGAUAAGUCUCACGGUCGUGUAUUCUGUCACGUUAAUAACCGCUCUGCUGGGAAACCUGAUUUUACUCCGCAUAAUUAGGUUGCGACGUCCUCCGACUACCGUAUCGAUUCUUUUAUCCAGUAUGGCAGUUUCGGAUCUUCUUACCGCCCUAUUUGUGAUGCCCUAUACCAUCUGUUACUUCUACGUGCAACAUGAAUGGUUCCCAGGUGUCACUGGCGUUAUAACUUGCAAAUUUAUUAAUUUUGUCGUUGGUACUACAAUUGCUGUAUCCAUAUUUGCAUUGUUGACGAUUUCCUUGGAAAGAUACAUGGCUGUUGUGAGGCCCAUGUUGUAUCCGUCGUUCAUAAAGAGACCUAUUUUGUUAUCCGCUGCCAUAUGGGUUUUCUCCGCCUUGUUCAUGAGUUUUUAUCUUUAUAUUCACGAUACAUACACUAUAGACGGGGUUACUCUAUGUGUCAUGGACUGGGAACCUUUAUUCAGCAACGAGUAUAGUCCGAAAUUCUUCUUCUCCUCAGUGGCCGCAAUUCUUUAUGUUGUUCCAUUGUUUAUCAUUGCUAUAUUAUCGUGCUUGAUUAUUAAAAAGCUCAACAGGACAAAGAGAGCUCUUAGCAGUGAUCAGCCGGCAGAACACCUGUCCGACACUUUCAGAAAGCGCCACCAGCGCGUCAUGCGAAUGUUAAUCGUUAUCGUAGUGCUGUUUACUGUGUGUUGGCUUCCGGUUCACGUAAUACACAUCUUGGUAUACUUUUAUGGAGAAAUAUACAUGUCUCUGCCUCCAUCUCUCCCACUAUUCUUGUUUUGGGUCUCACAUCUUAAUAGUGCUCUAAAUCCAUGUGUAGUCAUUCUGUUGAACGACUCAUUUAGGAAAUCUUUUAGGGUCAUUUUUCACAGUCUGUGCAGAGGGAAUCAUAUACCCUCUUCCAAUAUUAACAAGACCUGCAGGAAUGGAUGCUUACCACGCAGAAGGGCAAGGAUGUACUCGGUUGUUCAGUGGAGCAAGAGGGAUAACACGACGCCACUUACCGUUUUUGAGGUCAAACACGAAUAG